AUGAGGUCAACGACUCUUGCAAAAAACUGGGUCAUUCACCAGAUCCCAGAAGACGUUUGGCAAGAGAUAUUCAAGAUCGCAGUCCUCGAAAACCCAGAAAUCGAUAUAGCCUCAACAUCAAGUCGGGUAGUGGAUAAUUCUCUUCGAUUAAGCCAUGUCUGCUCUAGGUUUUACAACAUAGUUGCGGAUAUCCCAGAUUUAUGGACCGAUAUCGCAUUAAGAAUCGAUCGCCACGGGAACAGUUCACCAAAGCAAGAGCUCAUCGUUCUUGCCUUCAAGCGCGCAUCUACCAAACCCCUCACCCUCAACCUCGCAUAUACGACUGCGUCGCUCCGAAACAACGCCUCUCCUGUUUAUCUGACGAGUAGCUCCAACAUUCGAGAUGCUGUAAAACGACGAUAUGCUCUGCCCGCAUUCUGGAAUUUCGCUCUAAACAUUCACCGCGCGCAGAAAAUGCGAAUUGAUGCCCAACUCUUGAAUACCACCUGCAUCGGUUGUCGCAAUCCCGCCAAACGUUUUCAGUGGCGAGCGACAAGUGAUCUUAUCUUCGUUAAACAUUACGCGCCGAUCCUAGAGACUCUGGAAAUCGUGGGAAGUGUUAGGCAUCCUUCCCCUGAUGAAUACAAAAUUGGUCUAUACGAUAAGGGCCUCGCCCCGUUUGUGCGGAGGACGGUGCAGAUGUCCCCAAAGCUGCACACACUAAUAAGGCGGCAGCCUACUUCUGGUAGGCCAGUCUUAGUUCAUGACACGCAGAUGUACUUUCGGAAUCUAGUAAAUCUGGAAAUCCUGGAAGGCUAUAUUUUUGUAUCGGAACUGUAUCUCGUUCUCUCAUCGACAAGGGCACUGGAAAGGUGCAACGCAGGGCGGCUACUCGGCGUGAUACCAGCACAGAGCCGGAUCAGAAAUUUACCUUUUUUAAGAGAAUUGACUUUAAUAGGCUAUGUUGCAGAUGACAUUCGAGGAAAUUCUCCGUUGACUCGAAUUCUCUCACUCAUACGCGCUCCAUUGCUCAAUAAGCUUGUCCUACGCCGUGAUCGUAAAUGGAUACAGGAGGACUUCAUCACUUUCAUUUCACGAUGCGAGCUCACGCUGGAACACCUCGUACUCGAUCGGGAUCAAUCAACAGAACAAGAAAAGCUCGAGUUUCUAUGUUUGCUUCCAAAUUUAAAGUCACUGGAACUACAUUCUACAUAUGACUGCGAGCAGGAAGACGAUGGCCCACACUUGCUGACCGAUGCUUUUGCAAAAUGCUUGACAACAUGGGACACGUCGAAGGGAGAGUUUAGUAUAUGUCCCGUGCUUGAGUCUUUCGGCUACGACAAAGACGGUGUGGAAGUCGACUCGGACGACCCAGUGCUAUCAUCCAUGAUUGAAUAUCGAUGGAACGGUGCUCCUGGUAAGAAAUAUCUGAAAGCCGUCUCGGUCUGUGGUGUCGGCCGUUCUUUACUGUAUGAUAUUCGGAGACUCUUAGUUCUACAGAAGGAAGGAUUGAAAGUGACAUUCUAUGAUGAUCCUUGUUCAAUGAAACUUGUUUGCAGAGAUUAG